CGAGUCUCUACCUUUGCUUCACCACAACAGACAUCAUGGAGGACGCAGGGACGAUAGCUAAGGCGUUGGUGUGCGGUUUUUUGACCGAAGAAAACCAGAAACUAGGAAUAACAGCGUCAAAAAGGCUUGGAAUAGUAGAGCUACCACAAUUACCAGAUGGGGCACCUUCAUUAGUUGAUGUCAUUCAGCAUUACCUCAAAACUUCCCCGAACAAGCGUCGUUUAAGUCUUGAUGCUCCACUGGCCAAGAAACCACGUAAGGAUAGGUCGUCAAAGGGAAAUUCAGAGGAAGCAGUUACACCUGCAAAAGUCAAGGCAGCUCCUGUUAUAGUGAAUGGUAAAGGAAAGGCAGCCAAAGGCAAGGCACAACCAGCUAGUUCAUCAGAGGAUUCAGAAGAUGAAUCUGAGGAAUCUGAGGGACCCCCCAAGAAAAAGGUGGCAGUUGCCUUGCCCAAUGCUUCAACACCUAAGGUGGCAGUUCAAAAGGCUGCUGAGAGCAGCAGUGAGGAGAGCAGCUCUGAGGAAGAUGAACCUCCACAGAAAGCUACAGCUAAACCAGGGCCUGCCAAAACCCCUGUUAGUAUCACAAAACAAACCACGCCAAAGCCUGUAGCCAAACCGGCCGAGUCCAGCUCUGAGGAAUCUAGUUCAGAAGAGGAUGAGCCUGCAAAGCCUGUUGCUAAGAAACCUGUUCCUGUGCAAAAGCCAGCUACAUCAGUAGUAAAGGGAACUCCAAAGCCUGAAGAAUCUAGUUCAGAAGAAUCAAGUUCAGAAGAAGAGCCUGUUGUUAAGAAACCACCUCCCCCUGUCCAAAAGAAGACAGCAAAGCCAAAAGAAUCCAGUUCAGAGGAAUCAAGUUCUGAGGAAGAUGAACCCCCAAAACCUGUUGCCACUCCUGCCCAAAAGAAUGCUGAACCGGUAAAGCCUGCAGAAUCCAGUUCGGAGGAGUCAAGUUCAGAAGAAGAACCUCCAAAACCAGUAGUAAAGAAACCAACAGAUCAGAAACUAGCAGCUAUUAAGCAAGCAGAAUCUAGUUCAGAAGAAUCUAGUUCAGAAGAGGAAGAACCUAAAAAGCCAACUGUCAAAAAACCAGCUCAGACUCAAAAACCAGCUGUUGCAAAAGCAGCAGAGUCCAGUUCAGAGGAGUCCAGUUCAGAGGAAGAGGAGGAACUUACAAAACCUGUUGCUAAAAAGCCAUCUGUGCCCCAAAAGCCAGUUGCUGCACAAGCAGAAGAAUCCAGCUCAGAAGAGUCUAGUUCUGAAGAGGAUGAAUCUGCAAAACCCGUUGCCAAAAAGCCAGCAGUGCCAAUGGUAAAGACCCCUGUAAAACCUAAAGAAUCCAGUUCAGAAGAUUCUUCAGACUCUGCUUCAGAAGAUGAGCCUGCAAAAGGUGUUGCCAAGAAACCUGCUCCUCCUGCCCAAAAGCCAGCUGUAUCAGUUAAAAAGGGACCUGCAAAGACGGAAGAAUCCAGCUCGGAGGAUUCAAGUUCAGAGGAAGAAGAACCUGCAAAACCUGUUACCAAAAAAACAACUGCACCAGCAAAAGUACCUACAUCACAGCCUGCAGAAUCUAGCUCUGAGGAAUCAAGUUCAGAGGAAGAAGAACCUGCCAAGCCUCCAGCUAAAGCAGCAGAGAAGCCUGCAGCUAAAAAAAAAUCAGCUGACAAUGAGGCAGACUCAAGCUCUGAAGAAAGUUCUAGUCAAGAAGAAGAACAAGUUGUGACUAAAUCUAAUCCAAAAUCUGCAUCUCAGGAAUCAUUUAACAGCUCUUUGAAUAAUUCCUGGAAUGGGUCCAUGAAUGGCUCGUACACAACACCUGGCAGAACCAAAACAAAGGAACCAUACAGGAGAGUAAGACCAGAAGACGUAGCGGUUGACUCCAAGUUUAACAAUUCUUUCGAAGCUAAGAGAGGUUCUUGGGGCUCUUGGGGUGAAAAGGCUUACAAAGACCUCAAUGUGACUCGGGGGAAAAGGUUCCGUCAUGAGAAGAAUAAGAAGAAGAAGGGGUCUUACAGAGGUGGUUCUUUAGAUAUAGGCAUCAAUUCCGUCAAGUUUGACUCUGAUUAAUGAUAGAUUAGCCAUAAUAAGUUUGGCAUACAGAAAUGUGUAAAUGAAAACCUGUUGUGCAAGUGAAGGUACAUGGACAAGUCUUGGGUCACCUGCACAGACAGAUUUGUGACUUUAAUGGAAAGAGGUAAAUCUUGGUUUUUUUUGGUGUUUUGUUACACUUUGAGUGACUGGUAUAUUGUAAUGUACAGUAUUUAAUAUGUGUUGUAUACCUGUAGUUUACACAGAAUUUGGUAAACCGCUUCUUUGUAAGUUAUCAUGUCGGGUCUACAUUGGAAGUUGAGCUGUGGGAACAAAGGUUGUGGAUACUCCCAUAUACCUGUCAGUACUGCGAGGCACUAUUCUGAUAUAGCAGUGUGCUACCCAAAGCCUCAGGUUUUACAAAUAAGUUUUUACCAGAUAGUGGUUCUCUUGUGACUGCAUGUCACCACAUGUACAAUUACUUGUGUAAGUUAGGUUUGAAGAUGAACUUAAUCAUAUACAGCUGCUCCCCGACUUACGACGGUGUUCGGGUCCCAAAUCCAGGUCGUAAGUCGAAAAUGCGUAAAUAAUACAUAGAAAAUCUAAAAUGGGUGUCUCUUUUUCUUCUCGGC